AUGAAAUGUUGCAAUUGCUCCUGCACUGGAGGACACCUUGGAUAUAAGAAGGAAAAAGGUGGAGGACCUGUGGAGAGUGAGGUGGACUCAGUUGGUCCAAGAGAAUUCACCCGCCUCUUCUUCCUCCUAGAUGCAGACUGUGGCUCACAGCUCAUAGCCCUUCCAAAUUCCAAGCAAGAAUUUGUAGCUGCGGGGGAAUUCCCUUGGGUGGUGUCACUGCGUGAUCUCCACAACAAGCACAUUGCCGUCGGAUGCAUCCUGAGCGAGUAUUGGAUAGUCAGCGUGGCGUCCAGUUUCCAGAACAGGUGCGACCAUGUACCCCGUGACGGAGGAAAUGACGUAUCUGGGAAUAGACAGGUGUUUGUGCUGGGGAUCUACAUUGAGCCUAAACGCCCGGAGGAACCAAUUUUGAAGCGGGCGCAUACGGAGAUCGGCUCCGACGAGAGGACAACCGGCGUCUGCGGGAGACGGAUCGACUCCAACGGACGGAACGAUGUCGAGAAGAGGAUCGGCUCCGACGGGAGCCAGGCUUUUGCUGUGGCAGGUGUCACAGAUCUGAAAAGCAGCCAAAGCAUCACUUUGCCUAUCAGCACCAUCUUCCUCCAUGAGGACUUUGAUGAAAUCACCCUUGCCCACAAUAUCGCCCUUCUGAAGACAGCCAACCUGCUGGAGUUCAGCGAGACCACCCAGCCCAUCUGCUUCCCCCACCAAGACUUCCCCGUGACUGCUCUGGAGGGCUGCGUGGUUGCAGGCUGGCUGGAUCCUCAUGCAGGUGAGCAACUUACAGGAAGGGACUCUCUAAGGAAGCUCUCCAUGGAUGACGUUGACCGCUGUCCUCUGAAACGAACCAUGAGCACAGAGUGUUCCAGCCACAGGGAGGGAGACAACGCAGCUGGAUGCCUGGGAGAUCCCAGCAACCCCAUCAUGUGCCAAGCAAAAGAAACAGGCCACUGGGUGCUGAAAGGAGUGCUGACUGAAGGGGGCACCAGAUGCUACGGGCCGUUCCUUUACACCAGGCUGUCCUAUUACAGCGACUGGAUCGUGACCACCACGGAAAAAGGAAGUGAUCCCAUCUAUCCCACCCUCGGCAACAGACACUUUGCCAUCUGGACCCCAACAGAGGAGCCCAGAGGGAUACCGGUACCCAUUUUAGCCGGCCUUAACUUCUCAGACGCUUCAGAAGAUCAGCCUCUCAAUUCUGAUGCAGAACUACAAGAGGGGAGCACAGAAGUAUUUGUAAAUGGGUCAGCUAGGUUACUGGGCAAGUCUGAUAAUCCAAUCUACUAUGAUUAUUACAGUGGGGAGCUGCUCCCCAUUUCCACAGCAAAGAGAGUUCGGCCUCAGGGACUCAUUGCUGUGAGCCUCCUGCUUCAUCUUCUGACUUGCUCGGUGACUGCUUAA